AUGGAUGACAACGAUAGUUUUGCUUCAUUUGAAAACAGUAAUAACAGUGAAGCAUCAUAUGGUGAAAAUAAGCAUAAUAUGAAUUUAGAUAAUUUUUUAGAUUAUGAUUUUCAACAUAUGAAAGAUGAAGAGAAAUAUAAAUAUAUAGGUACAGAUAUUGUACAACGACAAGACUAUUUUGAAAUUAAAAACGGGAAAAUUGAAUUUUUAGAAGAAAAUAAUGUAAAUUAUGAAAAUUUUGCUUUAUAUAAUAGAAAAAAAGAACAAGUAGAUAUUUUCCACAAAUUAAAAAAAGAACUAUAUGGUAUAGCAUUUAAAAAUCAUAACAAUAAGUUAAAAAAUAUUCCACGUGCAGCCACCGAUAAUGAUUUGAUAAAUGAUACAAAUAAAAAAAGAAUAGAUAAUACAAGUCCAAAAUCAAUAAAAGUGGAAAGGAAUAAAGAAGAGGGGGAUAAUGAAGAUAGUGAUAAAGAAGAGGGGGGUAAAGAAAAUGGGCACACAAAAAAUGGGAGCACAAAAAAUGGGAGCACAAAAAAUGGGAGCACAAAAAAUGGGAGCGCAAAAAAUGGGAAUACAAAAAGUAAAGAAAAAAAUAAAAAAAUAUACGAAUUAUUAAAUAAUGACAUCGGUUUAGCAUUAGGAAAUAAAUUAGAAGACACGUAUAAUGAUAUUAAAAGUAGUGUGAAUUGGUUAGGAAAUUUUUUUUCAAAUAGUCAACAAAAUGAUGAAAAAAAAUAUUUAAAAAUUUUCUACAAAGAUUUAUAUUUUGUGAGUGAUAUAACAAUAAUACGGUUCCUAGAUACUUAUAAUUAUAAUAUGAUAAAAUCCUUGAAUAAAAUAAUUAAAUUUAUUCUAUGGAGACAAAUGAGUAUCAAACUUUUUAAUAACAAUAAAAAUACUUCAGACAAGAUGGAUUGUUCAAACACAAGUAGUAACAUAAACAGCGAUAACGCUAUGGGCAGUAGAGGUACAAAUAUGAGUGGUGCAAACGCCAGCGGUAUAAAUACCAGUGAUAUAAACAAUAGUUCCAAAGAUUUCAUCACUGUAAACAGUUUAGACUCUAACAGCAACUGCGAUAACAGCAUUGUUUUUAUUAAUCCCUCAAAAAUUAAGAAUAUUUUAAUGAAGACAAAUAUUUUUCGAUGUGGUUAUGAUAAAAAACUAAGACCAAUGAUGUAUGUACGCAUACAGGAAAAAUUAAAUAUGCAAGAAGACGAAUUAUUUUUAUUAUUGGUAUAUCAUGUUGAUAUGUGUGUAAAUAGUAUCAAUUAUAAUAAAUGCUUCCAAGAAAUCAAUACCUUAGAUAAUAAUGACUUUGAAAAAAAAAAGGAAAUUGAUGAGACUACCUUACAGUUGGUAAUAGUUGUAGACUGUUUAAAAUUUGAAUUAAAUAAUAUGCUAAGUGUUGAUUGUAUUAAAAAAAUUAUUAACAUUUUUAAUGAAUUUUACACGGAUGUUUUAUUUAGAAUAUAUGUCAUAAACAUUCCUUCCUUUUUUAAAAAGGUAUGGUCCGUGUAUAAUAUGUUUAUUGAUAAUCAUACAUUAAAAAAAAUUAUUUUUAUAAAUAAAAAAAAUAUCAAUUUGAUGUAUGAUCAUAUUGACACAAAUGUUAUGAAACAUUUUGAUAAAAAUCUGGAUAAAAAAAGUUCUGAAAAUUCUUCCAUAUUUUUUCCGUCGAAUUCGUUAUAUUAUAAAUAUGAUGAAAUGUAUUACAAAAAAUUAAUAAGCUAUGUUAAUACGUGGGUUGAUAAAAUGGUAAAAGCAAAUCACUAA